GAUGCCGCGGCGGCGGCGGCGGCAGCAGCGACACCCGUCCAAGCUCCAAGAUGCGACGCAAACGUCAAAGAUGGAGAUCUGAAGGCCAUCACGAGAUCACAUCCAGGAGGGCGAGGAGACGCGCCCACGGCGGCAACAUCGACGAGGAGGCGCCCAGCAGAGACACGCACGGAGAGACGCGCCCACGGUGGCGGCGGCCAGCAGAUGGACGGAGGAGCCUACAGAGGAGGCCCCGCUGCGCCCUUGCGAUGAGAGAAGGAAAGCGGCGGCGACGGUGGCGGAUGACGCGCCGACUUCGGUUGCACCAGCGCAUGGACCAGAAGCAACCGGUAGCCGUAUGGCACACCGGGACAACACAAGGAGGAGGCUGCGGCCUACACGCGCCGACGCACAAACGUCCAGCAAAAGCCUCAUGCCAUUUCCAUGGCGUCGAUGAGAUGCUCGGUGGCAACGACGUCGAGACUCGUACCAACAAGCCCUAAGAGCAUCUCCAACAGGCGCCGGUCGUGCCACGCGCAAAAU